CGCUUUGCUUAAGUUGGGCCAUGCUCUUCGCCAAACAGAUUGGGGCUAAGACAUUAGCUUGUUUAGCUAGUUUCAUAUAAAAAGCAUUGACUGCAGUGAAUCCGUCACCAGUUAGCAAACGCUUUACAAUACAUCAACAUGUUCAAGAUUCUGCUCCUUACCGCCCUCGUUGCCUACGCCUGCGCCGACAACAUCGAUAAAGAUGCACAAGUGCUGAGCUACAAGAACGACGUCGCCGAUCCGGAAGGUAACUUCGCAUACGCCUUCGAAACCAGCAAUGGCAUACAACAACAAGAAGCCGGCAAUGCCGUGGGUGUAGCUGGUCAAUAUGAGUAUGUGUCGCCGGAAGGUGAGAAAAUCUCCGUUAGCUACACAGCCGACGAGAACGGUUUCCAACCUAGCGGCGCUCAUUUGCCCACACCACCACCAAUCCCAGAAGCUAUCGUGCGCGCUUUGGAAUACAUUGCAGCGCAUCCUGCUGCCGUAUAAGCCGGCAAACGGAAGUUAGUGUGAGAAAGAGAGAGAGGCAUGCAGAUAGUGAGAAAGAGAGGGAGCGAGCGAGUAGCGCUAUAAACACACUACACGAAAUGUGCAAACUGCAAUUAAUCAAAUGCAGUGUUGUUGUAAAGUGAAGUGAAGAUUAGAUUAGUAUGUAGAUACGGCCAUGUUGGAAGCUAAAUUGCAAUGCUGAAUUAUUUAAUAAAUCUAAAUAAUAGUUACCUAGUCAAUCUAGUUUUCGAAAGUGCAGCAUUUGAAAGCAUGUUCCAAGUUGCAACGUUGCCACGCUACCUUUUUGCAUACUCCAUCUAUCUAGUGUGGUUCUGUAAAUGCGCCCAUACACUACUGUUUGUAUGUGUGUGUAGAUGAAGAGCCAUUAUUUCAUAACAGUAAAUUUCAAUAUUCAUAUAUGUACUAUUAAUUGAAUAGCAAAGAGACAUUGACGAAGCGCUAAAACGUGUUUAAUUUAAGCGAGUUUCACAUACCAACAUAUACAUAUAUAAACGCACACACACACACACACAUACAUAAA